AUGGUAGCCACUGCAUACCGAACUUCUCAUAACUGUUCUGACCAGCUUACUACCCAUGUCUUAGUAGCAGGUUUCACAGAAAAACCUGACGGAAAUCUCCCAUAUUGGAAAGAAAAAUUCCUAGACGGUCUACCUAAGACUCUUAAGGAUUUAGUUAAAGAAGAACUCCAAAAUCAACAUUCUGGUGAUAUUAUUCCUUACGAGCAAAUCACCUAUGGCCAACUCACCAGUCUCAUUCAACAUGUCGCUCUUAAAAUCUGUCGACAUGAUAAGAUAUUGAGGCAAUUAGCCAAAGAUAGAGCACAGACUCACCGAGAUCUAGGUAGUUUCUGUGAACAAUUUGGUUUACCACCUUGUAGCAAAAAGCCUCACAAGAGACGAACAACCAAGGAUAUGGAGAUUACAAAAUAUAGGUCUUCUGCAUCCAAGUUCAGGAAGACCAAACCAUUUUCUUCUAAAUCCAAAACCUUUCCCAGUAAAAAUAAACCAACAAACUUCCAAACUCCCAAUUCUGGCAAAUGUUUCAAAUGCAACAAACCGGGCCAUAUAGCCAAAUACUGCAGGUUGUCUAACAAAGUUAGAAAUCUCGAAUUAGAUGAGUCUGUCCUUAACCAGAUCGAACAACUUUUAUUAGAAGACAGCGACACUUCUGAUGUUGCUGAUGAUGAACUUGAACAGCAAUUUAACCAACUCGAAGAUGAUGACACAAACUCAUCUUUAUCCCAGUCUAGUCAAGAGGAACCUGCAAUUAAUGUUCUCUCCAAAGAACAAGAUCUUCUUCUUGAAAUAAUAAGCAAUCUCCAAGAUUCUGAGCAAAAGAA